AUGGGCGCAGUCGAGAGCAAGCAGCCCCGCAGCCCGAAUGCCAAGAGGCGCGGUGGCGAGGGACAGAAGAGAGGUGUCGACACAUCGCGGCAACUGAUCGAGAUCCCUCUCGAUCUCAACGCAUUCCUACAGGCAAAGGAAGCCCAGUUCGACUCUACCACCCCCGAGGAAGACGCAGCGGCCGUCAGCAAUCCCGGUGAGGCCGAGUUGGGAGACACCUCAGUCAGCAAUAGCCUCCCGGAGCAGGAGCAGGAGCAGGAGCUCAACGCCAACCAAGAGUCUUCCACUCAGUCUCCUCUAACUGUGCAGACUCCUGUCAAGGCCGUCAACAGAGUCUUUCGCAAUGCCGACUGGUCAAAGCUCCUACAACAAUUCAUAACGGCCCUCCAGCUCGACACAAACGGCGUCCAUGUCAUCUACGAGUCAGACAUUGAAAAGUCAGGCGUCAAACUUCCCGAAGAGCUGAAGGCACGCACAAGCUUGAGCACCCCAGCCAAGUUCUCAGCUCAUGUCCACAAGUUUCUGUGCCGCCAGAGCAGAACCGCUUUCUCAGACGACAUGAGGCAUCUCUACUUCCUCUACCACCCUGAUGCGGAGUGGCAUCCAGAUUUCUGCGACUUUGCUCAAGAUAAGCCUCUACCAGACAACUUCCUCGGCUUCUCUGAUAACCUGGAUGCUCUCGUCGCCUGGAUGGUGUUUAUCCGGCAAAACUUGGGGAGACGCUCAGACACAACCAUGUUCCACCUACUGAUACCCACCUGGCGACCCAUGUUCAUCGGCAAUGCACUCGAGUUUCCUGAUCUGGGGACCCUCACCAUCCACGGCGAGACUCACAGUUCCCACAACUUCGUCUGGUUCAACCUACCGACCCUUGAGGACUACCCAGGGAACUUGCUGUUGAAAGAUGUGGAGAACGUCACUCGCGAAGAGAGCGAAUGGAAGACGGCUGCUACAGUUGGAACAGCUGUCGGGGGUAUAUCAGCCUCGUUGGCCGGCACCUUUGCCCUCAGCGUAGCUUUCCCUCUUCUCACCCCCCUAGCACUCGUUGGGGCAUUGUCUGCAGGUGGCGCAUGCAGCACCAUUGCCACAACACAGGUGAACAAAGGCCUGAGCAGAGAGAUCCCUCGGGUUCUUGGAGGUAUCGAGGCGCCCAAGGAACCUGCGGUACCGGAGAUUGAGACCGGCAAAGAGGAGUCUGUGGCCAGUGAGCAGGAGGAUCUCAAAGAAGAUGUCAAAGAGGAAAGCAGCAAGGAGGAUCCAGUUAAGAGCAAGGGCGAGAAGGCCAGGCCCAAGAAUGAUCAGGCUAAGGAAGCCAAAGGGCCAGUCGACGUCCAACAAGAGGCCAAGGCAACAAGCGGCAAAAAGCAUCGACGGAGUGACCGUAAACGUACUUCUAAGUCCUGA